AUGGACAGAGUACGAGAUUUGGCGUCGAAGAGGGCUGCAGUGAUCUUCACGAAAAGCUCGUGUUGCAUGUGUCACAGCAUCAAGGCACUGUUUUAUGAACUAGGUGCAAGUCCUGCUGUGCAUGAGCUCGAUCAAGAUGCAAAAGGAAGAGAAAUGGAGGGUGCCUUAAGAGCACUAGGCUGCAACCCAACUGUUCCGGCAGUGUUUAUUGGUGGUCGGUAUGUCGGCUCGGCUAAAGAUGUCAUCUCCCUUCAUGUUGAUGGAUCUCUAAAGCAAAAGCUGAUUGAUGCCAAGGCUAUCUGGUUUUAG